UUUUGUUUUUGUUAUUCGGUGUUUACCAUGUGUUCACCGACUUACCGGUCCCAGCAGAAAUGGAGCAGAAUCUGAAUCACCAGAAUAAACUGACUUUGUUUUUUAUGCUGUGUCGGCGUUAUUGUGGCGUGAUUUCUGACCGUUGCGUUGGUUCUGGUUAUUUCCAGAUUCCAGAGACGCCAUAGACUGUAAGUAAGUGGUAUGUGUUUCCAGUGUCCAGUUCCAGUAGUGUUAUUAAUUUGUAUUUUCCUGUUAAUAUGAGUUUAAAACAAAGCUUGAGGAAGCUAGAAUUUCCUCUGUGCUCAAAGGAAGCACUGCACAAAAUAAACGAAUUAAUGUUCAGUCACAUGGCAACAAGUAUGAAUAAGAAUAUAGAUAUACAGAAUAUGGAUAUAGCCCUGGACCUCAUGGCAGAAUUUAUUUUUUUAGAAGUGGAUAAAAGAGGUGAAAAAAGACUCCAACCUCUAAAUCCUCUUGUAGAGCUCCAAUUAGUUAAAACAUUGUAUGAUUAUUUUGAUUCAGUGCCUUGUGAAUCUGCUAGGAACACUGUCUUUCUUUCAUUAUUUAGUGGUACAACAGCGAACUCGAGGAUACAGGUACUUUCCAAGUUAGUGUCCCUUGCGAUAGGCAUUCCUUCUACAAAAAUUUUAGUAUCUGCAAGGGCAUGGAUGCAGCAGAUAGGAAACAGUUCUCAAAAUAGUUGCAAAUUGGCUGACGCAAUAGUUCAAGACUAUUUUUACUUUUAUAAAACUAAUCUGGAUAAAAUUACAUUAUUGCCGAAGAUUUGUCCAGAGUUUACUGCAAAUGUCAUAACUGCCAUUACAGAGAACUAUUAUAAUGCUAGAAUGAAAGAAAUAGUAUUUCCACCAGAUAAUCUGAUAGAAACUAUUACGAAAUGGUUAUCAGAAGAUCCAAGUCUGUGUAAUGCAGCGCAGCAAAAACAAGCUUUGCUUCCAGCAGGAGCUAUUUCAAUGGAGGCUCAAACACCCAUAGCAGGUCUUGUACGAUGGUGUGUCCUUGCGCCCAUUUAUAAAAAGGACAAUGAAUAUUAUAACAAACUACAUUUAGCAUUACUAACUAGUAUAAUAGAAAUACCCAAAUCAGUUCCACCAAAAGCAGUAAAUGUUCAAGAUUUGAUCAUACCUAUUAACCCAAUUUUAGCGUAUGUCAACGAGUUAAAACACAAAAAAGAAUUGGAACUAGAUCAAAUCGUAAAUGAAGACUCCCUACAACUCUGUUUGGAUAGAUUUGCUCAGAUUGUACAGGUUGCACAGUCAGUCAAAGCCAUCUACGGUCAAAUUGACGAUCUUUACUAUAAUCUUAAAAUGUUGCCAUCUACCAGACUAAUGAAUAUUGUGAUCAAUAAUUAUAACAAAGAAAAAUAAUUGUUGUAUAAAUUAGUUUGUAAUAUUAUAUUAUUAAUAUUAUACAGGGUGUUUCAUUAUCUAAGAAUUGUCCAUAUAGUAACUGAAGAAACCUUAGCACAAAAUACGAAGAUUUAACUUAAAACACUUAAAUAAAAUAUUCCUCCUUACCGAGAUACAGGGUGUUUUAUUUCAAAUAUUUUAAAAUGAUUUUAGCCCAUUGCUUUAACAACUUUCAAUAUUUUUUGUUCAAACUUGACAAACAGUUUACACAAGUUAAGAUAGUUUUCUGCUGUUACCAGAGGCGUGCUGUAGGAAUAUACACUUCAUUUUUUCCGCUCUUCCCCCUCACAAUCUACGCCACUGUCGUAAUAAUCAUUUCAGCAUGAUUUUCUGAUUCUUCGUUACUUUUUACGUAAAUAUCAUCUCUUGUCUCAAUGCUAUAGAGUAAGUAGUUUUUAAGUUAUUUGAAUUUAAAUGUAAUGUAAUUAAAUAAGAUUAUGUAUUUUAAACACGAUAAUCUAUUGAAUGUUUUUUAAAAUACAUAAUCUUAUUGAAUCCAUUAUCAUUAAACGCAAAUAUUUGAAAACUAGGUACUUGCUCUAUCGCAUGGAGACAAAAGGAUGAUAUUUACGUAAAAAGUAACGAAUAAUCAAAAACAUGUUGAAAUGAUUAUUACGACAGUGGCGUAGAUUGUGAGGGGGGAAUAAAGUAUAUACCCCUACAGCACGCCUCUGGUAAUAGCAGAAAACUAUCAUUUAAUACUAGUUAAAAAGUGUUUUAGGUUAAAUCUUCGUAUUUUGUGCUAAGGUUUCUCCAGUUACUAUAUGGACAUUUCUUAAUGACCCUGUGUAUUAAUAUUAUAAUUUUUUAUUAUUUCUUAUGUAAGAAUAAAUUUGUGUUUUUUUUUCUUCUCUUCGUUAAAUAUUAUUAUUAUAUUUUUUUAUUACAUAUUAUAUUCUUUAACUACUUGUAUGAAUAAAUUUGUAUUUUUUUAA